CAGUAGCAACCAUCUGCUGUCUGCCUAAUGUGACUGCUAGCCGACAGGGCUUUAACGUGAAAGUUGGGAGUAAAAUGUUGGGAAGACACUGAACCUGGUGCUUCCUGCCUGAGCCUCCCGAGGUCCAUCCGACUCUAAAUUUAGGUCACAAUGUGUCUGGCAACACCUCUCUGGAUUUGCUGACAGGGGAGUCUCACUUCCUUUCUUUUUACGGGACUCUUCUCCCCCGGUGCAGACACAGACAGAUAGAUCACCUCGGCAGUCAUGUGCUGAGGGCCAGUGUGGUUUGAGCUGUGUUUGACAGUGGCAUCGAUGAUGGCUGGAGGCAGGACGGAGGUUUUGGGGAGAGCUGCGUUUACCUGCAUCCUAACGCUGUGUUUUGUUUGUGCACACGUGACCGCGCUCAAAUCUCAACUUUUCACCAGGCUCGGUGGGCUGCCUUACUCCUCCGAGCCCCCCAUCAGCUAUCAAACACUUUACUUUGAGCAGAAGAUCGAUCAUUUUGGAUUCCUCGAGGAUGGCACCUUCAAGCAGAGAUACCUCGUGGCAGACAAACACUGGCAGAAGCCUGGAGGACCUAUUCUGUUCUACACUGGAAACGAAGGCGACGUCACCUGGUUCUGCAACAACACUGGCUUCAUGUGGGAAAUCGCGGAGGAGUUGGGUGCCAUGCUGGUUUUUGCGGAACAUCGUUACUAUGGAGAGUCCCUGCCAUUUGGACAAGACUCUUACAGCGACAGCAAACAUCUGAACUACCUGACCUCGGAGCAAGCCCUGGCAGAUUUCGCGGUACUGAUUCUGAACCUCAAGAAGACUUUACCUGGAGCUCAGAACAGCCCUGUCAUCGCUAUCGGAGGUUCCUACGGAGGGAUGCUGUCGGCCUGGUUCAGGAUGAAAUACCCCAAUGUAGUUGUUGGGGCUCUGGCAGCUUCGGCACCAAUAUGGCAGUUCCCUGGUAUGGUGCCAUGUGGAGACUUCUACAAGAUAGUAACACAGGACUUUGCCAAAAGUGGUCAGAACUGUGACGCAAGCAUCAGAAAAUCAUGGAAGGCUAUUAAUAACGUCUCCUCCAAUGCAUCUGGCCUUCAGUGGCUGUCAGAAGAAUUCAGUCUGUGCUCCCCUCUUAAAAGCGGGGUCGACGUCGUCGUCUUCAAGAACUGGCUUCAGGAAACGUGGGUGAAUCUGGCCAUGGUGGACUACCCGUACGAAGCUAAUUUCCUCCAGCCACUGCCUCGCUGGCCGAUCCAGGUGGUGUGCAAGUAUCUCGGUUUCGAUUCUACUGUAUCCGACAAGCAGCUGCUGCACGGUGUCUCCCAAGCGGCGAAGGUCUACUACAACUACACCGGAAGCUCUUCCUGUCUCAACAUAUCUCAGACGGCGACCAGCAGCCUCGGCAUACUCGGCUGGUACUAUCAGGCGUGCACGGAGAUGGUGAUGCCCAUGUGCACAGAUGGCGUGCAGGACAUGUUCGAGCCAGAGGAGUGGAACUUCCAGGCCUUCUCUGAUGAAUGCAACUCCAUGUUUGGCGUCAGGCCGCGGGCUGACUGGGCGGGCACGGUCUUCGGGGGAAAAGACAUCGCCUCUCACAGCAACAUCAUCUUCAGUAACGGAGGACUGGAUCCGUGGUCGGCCGGUGGUGUUACUCACAACAUGACAGAUUCUCUGGUUUCCAUUCUGAUCCCUGACGGAGCUCAUCACCUGGACCUCCGCUACAGCAACGACCUCGACCCGCCGUCGGUCCGCGCUGCGCGGGCGACGGAGAUGAAGUAUUUUCGGGAGUGGAUCAAGCGGGCUCAGAAGGACAACUCGUACUGAUUCAUCCACCUAGCCUCCCAAAAGAAGCCAAAAACCUACACAAUGAUAUCAUGAAUUUAGCUUUAAUGCGUGCGGUAUUUCACAAGGUUGUCACUAUGCCAAAGUUUCCUCCUUUUAUAAUCUGUUGAAAUCAGACACACUCCACUUCUUUAUGCCAAACUAUACACUUUUCAAGGGCUUGGAUAUUUAAAGGUACUGUACUAUUUGCUGAAAUUGGAUGUGUUUACCUUGAAAAUACUACUGACAACAAUGCUGCAGUGUAAAUACAUUUCUUUAUUCACAUGAUCACGGUGUCGUCAUCACAAACCCGGAUGAUCCUCGUUUUGACAGGACUCGUUAAGGCUGCCUGUCUGGCUCCAAGCUCCUGUUUUCUGUAUUCACAGUUACACUUUGAUGUCGUUCAGUUUCUUCGCUACAAAUUCACACCCCUCGACUUUUUUUCUCGUCGUUCGGGCGUAUUUGUUCUUCCAAAGUAAGCGUAUAUCACGGUAUGCUUCUAAACACUUAAAUAAGCCUCAGGAGAAAAGUUUGACACCAAAUAUGAAGAAAAACUAAAAAAAAAAAACUAUUUGAAGUGCUUUCACUGCUUUUCAUGUUUUCUAUUUGUGCCCUACACUGCUAUUCUUUAUAACCUGCCAUUCCCAAGAAAAACGUACUCCAGUGGAACUGAUUAAAAAGCUGCAGAUUUAUUGUAA